GUGAAGUCGACGCAAAUACCUUGACAACAAAGAGGGUACUCAACAAAGGCAAAUGGAACGUCAGGACGAGACAUACCUAUUGGCGAUGUAAAAGCUUUUAGCGCAAAUAUCUGCAGAAUGGAGUGUCGGAGGAGGUUAAAGGCGGUUAAAGAGCCUCAUCCCCAUUAAUCAUCUACCAAAAAGGUAAACAUCGCUGCAUGGUGCUACCUUAUUGCCCAACCAUUUAUUAAGCUAUUUCGGUUUAAAAAAAAGUCGUGCACAAUUAAUACUUGUUGAACUAUAAUUUUAAUUUAGGCGUUAACAGAAAUAAAUCCCUUGACAACUUGAUUACUAACUAUAAUUGGUGUGUUUCUAUGUAUUUAAGCCGUAAUCACAUCUGUUAUAAUGACACCGUCGUAGAUUAAUUUAGUAAUAAUCACGGAAUUAAAAACUAAAAGUAAACACCUUAUCUUAUCUACCCGGAAAGCUGCAAGGAUGUAGCAUGAAAUUUUUUUCUCAAUAUCUUCAAAAUGUGGUUUCUACUUCUAAUUGUGAUCAUCUUCCUGCUGUACCUAAAUUCGAGGAAACCGAAAAAUUUUCCUCCGGGUCCGGCAUGGCUACCAAUUAUCGGUUGCGGUCUGGAACUGAACCGGUUACGCCAGAAGACCGGUUUCAUGUCAAAGGCGACCGAGCUGCUCGCGGCGAAGUACGGGCCGGUGGUUGGGGCGCGAAUUGGCGUCGAUCGCGUAGUAUUCAUCUACGGGCACAAGGAGUACCGGGAGUUUUCGUCCAGGGAGGAGUUUAAUGGUAGGCCCAUCGGCGUUUUUUAUACAAGUCGGACCUGGGGUAAGAGGAGGGGUGUUCUCUUUACUGACGGUGAGUCCUGGGAGGAGCAGAGGUCGUUCGUCGUGAAACAUCUGAAGGAAUUUGGAAUGGGAAAGAAGAACAUGUCGGACAUGAUUGAAGGAGAAUGUCAAGCGAUGAUCAACGACAUUGGAAAGAAGGUCGAUGACUGUGGAGGGAAAUGUGUUCUGCGAAUGGACAACAUCUUUGGUAUUUACAUACUAAAUACCCUAUGGACUAUGAUGAGCGCUAGAAAACAUAGUCCAUAUGAUAAUCAAUUAAAGCACCUGCAGGAUUUAAUAAGAGAUCUAAUCUAUAACGUCCACAUGGAUGGUGCACUAUUCAGCCAUUUCCCAAUUUUACGAUAUAUCUGCCCUGGGUACUCCGGAUACAGUACCUUUGUUAACGUCCAUCGGCAGACCUUGGAGUUCCUUCGUGGGGAAGUAGAAGAGUGCAAGAAGGGUUUCGUUCCGUCAGAUCACCGUAGUUUCAUAGAUGCCUACUUGGACAGACUAAUAUCCUCAGAGACCAAAACCAGUUUUUCCGAGGACCAACUGUUGGCUGUCUGCCUAGAUAUCUUUAUGGCCGGAACUGAAACGUGUGCCAAGACUCUAGCCUUUGCUUUUCUCUAUCUCACCCUCAAACCCGACAUCCAAGCAAAAGCCCAGGAGGAAAUUGACGCGGUCGUCGGCCCACACCGACUUCCAACCAUAGAGGAUCGGCCCCGCUUAAAGUACGUGGAAUCCGUGGCUUUGGAGUCGAUGCGUGUGUUAGCUGGCCUAGCGCAUUGCGUGCCACACAGAGCCCUAAAAGACACCCACCUAAACGGAUACUUCAUACCGAAGGACACAGUUAUCAUUGGAAAUCUACGAGGUGUCGUAAUGGACGAGAGUUGGCCAGACAAGGAAGCCUUCCAACCCGAGCGCUUCAUUAAGGAUGGUCGAGUCCAGAUCCCGGAGAACUACAUCCCUUUUGGUUUGGGUAAACGUAGAUGUUUGGGGGAGGCUUUGGCGAAGGCGAACGUUUUCUUGUUCGUCGCCGGCCUUCUGCAACAAUUCAAGUUUUCCAUUGCGCCAUAUCAGCCUCCGACCGAGGAAAUCAUCGAUGGAUUGACCCCCGGUCCGAAACCGUUUGUUGCGUUGAUUACUAGACGACAAUAAUCACUAUUAUGUGUUCCUGAUGGUCAUUUUAAAAAAGUAUCAGGAGUACAGAAAGUUUAAGGUUUAAUUACAAUAUCUUUUUAGUAUUACAUAGUAGUUACAAUGAUAUAAUUAUGUUAAAGGAUAGGAGGGGAAAUAUAUGUUUAAUCACAC